AGGUUAAAGAAAAAUCAUGACUGAAUCUGCCUCUAGCACAAGUGGUCAAGAGUUUGAUGUAUUCAGUGUUAUGGAUUGGAAGGAUGGAGUAGGUACGUUACCAGGAAGUGAUUUAAAGUUCCGUGUAAAUGAGUUUGGCGCCUUGGAAGUUAUUACAGAUGAGAGUGAGAUGGAAAAUGUUAAAAAAGCAACAGCUACCACAACUUGGAUGGUACCAACUGCUCAAGAAGCCCCGACCUCUCCCCCGAGCUCCAGGCCCGUAUUUCCACCUGCCUACUGGACAUCUCCACCUGGAUGUCCCACAGUCUUUUCCGAGAAGACUGGGAUGCCUUUCAGGUUGAAGGAGCCAGUGAAAGUCGAAGGGCUUCAAUUCUGUGAGAACUGUUGUCAGUAUGGCAACGUAGAUGAGUGUCUUUCUGGAGGAAACUAUUGCAGCCAGAAUUGUGCUCGGCAUAUCAAAGACAAAGAUCAGAAGGAAGAAAGGGACGUGGGAGAAGACAAUGAGGAGGAAGAUCCUAAGUGUAGCCGGAAAAAGAAGCCCAAGUUAUCUCUGAAAGCGGACUCCAAAGAGGAGGAAGAGCGAGAUGAGGAGACGGAAAACAAACAAGAUGGAAGAAUCCUGAGGGGUUCGCAGAGAGCCCGAAGGAAAAGGCGAGGUGAUUCGGCUGUAUUAAAGCAGGGUUUGCCUCCUAAAGGAAAGAAAGCUUGGUGCUGGGCGUCCUACCUGGAAGAGGAAAAAGCUGUGGCAGUGCCAGCAAAGCUGUUCAAGGAGUAUCAAUCUUUUCCAUAUAACAAAAAUGGGUUUAAAGUUGGCAUGAAAUUAGAAGGCGUGGACCCUGAGCAUCAGUCCGUGUACUGCGUCCUCACUGUGGCUGAGGUUUGUGGAUACCGGAUAAAGCUGCACUUUGAUGGAUAUUCUGAUUGUUAUGACUUCUGGGUAAAUGCAGAUGCUCUGGAUAUUCACCCAGUUGGGUGGUGUGAGAAAACUGGCCACAAACUCCAUCCUCCAAAAGGGUAUAAAGAAGAAGAAUUUAAUUGGCAGGCUUAUCUCAAGACAUGCAAAGCUCAGGCUGCUCCCAAGUCAUUAUUUGAAAAUCAGAAUAUAACAGUGAUCCCAUCAGGCUUUCGAGUUGGAAUGAAGCUUGAAGCUGUAGACAAAAAGAACCCUGCAUUCAUCUGUGUUGCUACGGUAACAGAUAUGGUGGACAAUCGUUUCCUCGUACAUUUUGACAACUGGGAUGAGAGCUAUGACUAUUGGUGUGAAGCCUCUAGCCCACACAUUCAUCCAGUUGGUUGGUGUAAAGAACAUCGAAGAACCCUUAUUACUCCUCCAGGUUAUCCAAAUGUGAAACAUUUUUCUUGGGAUAAAUACUUAGAAGAAACCAAUUCUUUACCUGCUCCUGCAAGAGCUUUCAAAGUGAAACCUCCACAUGGAUUCCAGAAAAAAAUGAAGCUUGAGGUCAUAGACAAAAGAAAUCCCAUGUUUAUUAGAGUAGCAACAGUUGCAGACAUGGAUGAUCACCGAAUAAAAGUUCACUUUGAUGGCUGGAAUAGUUGCUAUGAUUACUGGAUAGAUGCAGAUUCUCCUGAUAUUCACCCCGUCGGUUGGUGUUCAAAAACCGGGCAUCCUCUUCAGCCUCCUUUGAGCCCCUUAGAAUUAAUGGAAGCCUCGGAACACGGUGGAUGCUCAACCCCAGGAUGUAAAGGGAUUGGCCAUUUUAAGAAAGCAAGACACCUGGGCCCUCACAGUGCUGCCACCUGUCCCUAUUCAGAAAUCAAUUUGAAUAAAGACCGAAUUUUCCCAGACCGCUUAAGUGGUGAGAUGCCUGCAGCUAGUCCAUCAUUUCCAAGAAGUAAAAGGGCAGACGCAAAUGAAAUCUCUUCAUCUCCUGAAACCAGAGACCAGCAUGCUGAUGAUGUCAAAGAAGGCUUUGAAGAGAGAACAGAGAGUGAAAUGAGGACAUCACAUGAAGCCACAGGUGCCCGGGAAGAACCCAGCGUACAGCAGGCACAGCGGCGGUCGGCGGUCUUUCUGUCCUUUAAGUCCCCGAUUCCAUGUCUGCCCUUGCGCUGGGAGCAGCAGAGCAAACUUCUCCCAACUGUAGCCGGCAUCCCUGCCAGUAAAGUUUCCAAAUGGAGCACAGAUGAGGUGUCAGAGUUCAUACAGAGCUUACCUGGAUGUGAAGAACAUGGAAAGGUAUUUAAAGAUGAACAAAUUGAUGGAGAAGCAUUUCUGCUUAUGACCCAAACAGACAUUGUGAAAAUUAUGAGCAUUAAGUUGGGCCCUGCCCUCAAAAUUUUCAAUUCUAUCCUGAUGUUCAAAGCCGCAGAGAAGAACUCUCACAAUGAACUUUGAAGAUGGUGAAUUUUGAACACCAUCAGCUUUCUGCUUUAAAGCUCAUGUUUUACUCAAAGCACAAAGACAGUUGUAACUCCUAAGUGAGAAGUCUCCAAAACUCUAAAGAGCAAUGCUGUCAGAUUAUUUAUAUUCCUUAAGAGACAAUAUAUACAAAUUCUUACGAAAGUGCUUGAGCUUUUAACCAGGUACUGUCUAACAACAGUACAACAGUCGUCUUUCGGUUCUGUUCACUGAGCUAAAUUUAUCUUUGUAAAUCUUUUUGAGGCUGGGGGGUGGGAGGGAAGGGGGACUUCAUUAAUUAUUUAUGGAAAAAGAGGGGCGGGGGGCGGGGGGGGAGGGCAGAGUAAGAACUUUUGGCAUUUUGUAAACAUUGUUGAAUUCUCUUUCAUGUACACUGUUUCUUUUUCAAUACUUUCAGGAACCUUUUUAUAUAAUCAAACUUCAACUUAAACCAAAUUUGUGAAAACCUGGCUAACUUUAGCCAGUGGGACUGUUAUCUGUAUUGUUAAUUCUGUGCCAUAUUUUGAAUUGCAACAUUAUGCUAAGUAUAACUUUGCAAGUCAUGAUAUUGCCUAACUGCUUGUCAUAAUUUGUUGGGGCUGAAUAGUUGUAAAAAUUACCUUUCUUUAAAUCAGUGUUUUUACUUUUGCACGCAAUUAUGAAAUGUUAAACAAAUUACUUUUCACCAGCAUCUUAAUUACCAAAAACCUGUAUAUAAAUAAUGGAAUUGAAAAAUAAAAUAUAUAAACAUAAAUAAAUUAGGUGAUGUAUUUGAAUGACAUCAGUCUCAUACAUCGUGGUGCCCUGUGUGUUUACAGGACUCCAGUGAUAUCAAAGGAAUAUGCAGUUAUAUUGGGGGGCUGUUUGUAUGAUCUUAAACUAUUUAUGAGAUGAUCUUGAGCUUCUAAUUGUCAUUGAAAUAACUAUGGUGCUCUUCAGAGAUGAAGGGCUCAUUCUAUUGAUAUAAACACUAACCUGGAAAGAGCUCUCUGUCUCAGAUCUUGCAGUGUCCUCCAAACCCAAAGGUUUUCUUUAUUAUUGGCUGAAGAGAGAGUGUAUAGAUUUUACCCAAGAGGCAAGAUUUGAGGGAGCAGCCCCAGUCAACACAAAGAUUCUAAAUGCUCACAGAUGAGGGAGGCGACCUUCCCAGAGCAGUUAUUCAAGAAGCUCUGUUUUGGAGAGACUCUUUUCUCCUCAGUAUAGAAGCAUACAGAUGCACUUUAAAUGAAAGCCCUUGAUGACCUAUAAACCGAUAGCUGGUAGUAUUACUUUUGCAAGAAUGCAUCUCCAACGCAAAAGGUAAAUUAUUUUAUCAGCCUGUGUAUGUAACUUUUAAUUCCAGGAUUGGAUAUUUAUUUAAGAACUAUUUUAAAAGUAGAAAGUAAGUUUGUAGCAUGUUAUCUGAAUUCUGGGGAAAGGUCCACCUCUUUCCUUAGUUGCUUUCAUUUUUUCUCAUGUAGGAUUCCCUUGAUAUUCCCCCCUGCAUUGGAAGUCUAUGAGUGGUCCUUUGCUUUUGUCAUAAUUCAAGGUAAAACAGGGCCCAUGACCCCCCCCACUUCAUUUCUUUGCAUAAAUCUGCUUUAAAAAAAGUUUUUUGUUGUUCUUUUCUCCUUUUUUGUUCAGAAUUUGAACAUUCAAGUUGCACUUGUUAUACCUGACAUGAAUGAAAUAAAAUCUUAAUU